UCAAAUGAGCAAACUUCUUUCCUCAUUUUCGCGUUUUACUUUUCUCUCUCCUCAUUUCCAGAACUCACGUUUUCUCUCUUCAUUUUCUCUCUCCUCCAUUUUCACUCGCCACCGUGUUCUCCUUCGUCACUUGCUACAACCGUCGCGCCGCCACCAUCUCCAAAUUUGUGACAUUAUCAACGCGUUGUCUUCUCUUCUUCAAAUUUGUAGUAAUUGAGGAAAUUGCGAACAAUUUUUGGCGAAAUUCACUGCUCCGACAACUCUUCGCCGACGGUCACCACUCCGGCGACUUUUAACUCAUCGCCGAUCGUCUCAAUAUCUUCGUCCUCUUCUUUAUAUACAUGUAAAAUGGCUGAUAACACUUCAACACCGAAGUUGCCUAAAGAUGAAAAUGUCACUGCUUCAAAAGCUGCUAAACCGAGCUUGCGAACAGUAUCGUUCAAACAUAUUGCAAGGAAACCUACAAUACCUAUAAAGAAAGAACUACCCAAGUUGUUGACAAGGAUGUCCCAGAAUAGUAUUGCUCAACUGAACAAGACGAUUUCUGCUUCUCAACGAAGUGCAAUCGAGAAUGUAGGCUUUGGGGACCUUUUAUCUUUGAAAAUCUCCAAACUGCCACUACAUCUAGGUUUGUUUCUUGUGGAGAGUUUUGAUGCUAAUACGUGUUGUUUAAGAAUUCACGGAAAUGAAUUCUUCAUCACUGAGAAGGACGUGCACGAGGUGUUGGGGCUUCCUCUAGGUGUUGAAGAGAUCAACUUGGAUAAUGAUUGUAAGGACGUAGAAAUCUUGGAUUGUUGGAAGAAACAAUUCAAGAAGUUCAUGAAGGAGAAAGCAGCGAAAAAAGCAAAAAAAGUUAAGGCAGUUAAAGGUGAAAAUGUGAAGGUGAAGGAGACUUUCACUCAACUGAUUCCUGUUGGGGUUCUUACUGAUCAUUUGAAGUCAAGUAAAGCAUCUUCGGAUAUGUGGUUGAGGAAUUACGUAGUUCUUGUUACUUCGACUCUUAUUCAUGGAGGACAGAACCAAUUUGUUAACUGCUGGAUUCUGCGUUAUUUGAAGGAAAUGAGUCAAAUCAAAAAUUUGAAUUGGUGUAAUUUUGUGCUUCAAUGCUUGGUUAACAGUAAGAUGUACUGGGAAGAGGUAGAGGGAAGAUGGUUUGCUGGAUCUUUGGUAUUUCUUAUGCUGUUCUAUGUGGAUAAAGUUGCCUUAGAGGAAGUGCGUAUUGAAAGAUCACUGCCUAUAAUAAAAGGAUGGAAUUGUAAUAUGCUAUCCACACGAGAAAAACUUGAGAUCGAAUUGGGUAGGAUUGCAUUCCACGGGAUGAAUGAUGCAGUAGAUAAGGGUGAAACAUCUGGAACUCAAAAGCAACAAGAAGAGGUUAUUGAAAAUGAGAAUCCCGAACAAAAUGUACCGACUGAACAAGAAGUUCCUGAAUAUCAAUCAAAGGAAAACGCUUCUGCUUGUCCUGAAGAGAAUGAAGCCCCUCAAAUUGUAGAAAAUGUCAACCCUCCUGUUGAGAAGAACAAGUUUCAGUUGAAACAAGAUUGUAUUUUGGAGUUGGCUGUUGCUGCUAAUGAACUUGCAAUGGCAAUGGAGAAGUUUCAGCUAAAGGCGCAACAAGCAUAUUCUGAUUUCCCAGAUGAUCAAAGAAUUCAGUCCUUGAGAGAUUCAGCUUCAGUUGUGUGGGACAACUGUUCUUCUACAAACAACGUCAACCAAACAGAGAAUGUUGUUACUCCCAAUCCAAAUAUAACAGAGAAUCAAUCUGGGAUUCCUCGUGAAGAGCGUGCUGAAAUUCCUCGUGAAGAGCGUGCUGAAAUUCCUCGUGAAGAGCGUGCUGAAAUUCCUCGUGAAGAGUCUGUUCUAAGAUUUAGCCAAGAUGAAGAUGAUGAGUUUUGGAGGAAUCCGAUUGUGAUUAAAGCUUGGGAUGAUAUUGUUGAAAAAGGGAUACGAAACAAAAAUGCAAGAUGUGCACAGGAGCUGGAUAACGAGGUUGAGGUGGAUGAUACUCUGCCAGGGAUAGACACUGUUAUUAAAUUCCAUGAAAAUGCAAUUUUUGAAGAAGCCGUGUUUUUAGAGAAAGAAGUGGCUGAAAGAGAACUGAGGUUGGAUAGAAGGAGGAAUCAGAAAAAGAGGGAUUCACCAACAAAAGGAAAAGGACCCUGUGAGGUAAACAAAAGGCAGAAGGUGGAGAAUAGGGAAGUUACUCUGUCGAAGUCUUUGUGCUCACCAUAUAAGGAUCGAAUGGUGAAUAUAAAAAGUGCGCUAACACCUGCACAAAAAGCCAUUGUGGAUUAUGUGAUAAACCCUCAAGAACCUGCUGAUGAAAAACUUUUUGUGUGGAAAGUUGGUGAACGUGAUGAAUUUUCUUUGACAAGGCUUCAUUUUCAGUCAUUCAAACAAGGCAAUGGAAUGUUCUCUCCCAUAAUUGACGCUUGGUCGUUGAUUCUAAAUUCCAAAGAACAGUACAAAUCUGAUUCCUCACCAGCUCGUUUCUUUUUCAGUUGUCUACCAGCAGAAAUGAUUUUGGAAUUUAGCAAGGAAUCUGUUAAACUUAGGAAUGCAAAGUUUUUAGAAGCAGCAGACAAAGAAUUGAAGAGAAGUCGGUUUGAAAUCAAGGAUAUUGCGUUGUAUUUCUUCCCUGUUUGUCGGGCUGCCCAUUAUUUUCUUGUCUGCUUCAACACUCUCCUAAAUUCAAUGGAUUUGAUUGAUUGGGUUGAAGGUUUUCCAAGUUAUUGUAACCUUAUGAAGAACCUGAGGUAUGCAUUUGCCCACGUGAUGGGAAAUCAGGGCUCGGUACAAGGUAACUUGUUGAAGAAAGAUAUCAUGAAUAUGACUUCUUGUCUGCUGCCUUUUGAUUGGCAAUCCACUGAUGCUGCGCACGAAUACUGUGGAAUUUCUCUUAUGCGGCACAUGGAGGCCUAUAUGGGAGUGAAAAAAUGGGAUUGUGGUUUGAAGAAAAACGAUCUAUUGACAAUGGACAAACUUGCUUCCAAAUAUUGCGUGGAUAUAAUCAAAAGUGAUAUCAAUGAAGCAUCAGUCAUUAUAGACAAGAAAAUCAAAGGAAAUGAUGGGUUGUUCUGCACUGCUGAUUCCAUUAGCGUCCUUGACUUCCGUCAGCCAUCUGGUAUUGGUCUUAAGAUACCUAAGAUUGGUGUAACUGUUCAGUCAGUAUCUUCUCGAGGGGAUUCUGUAUAUCUUGGUUGUAGUAGUGUUGUUUCAGCAGUAAAGAAAUAG